AUGUCAACCUGCAAGAAUUCUCAAACAAAAAAUGAAGCAUGCAAUUGUAUCCAAUGCACAUGUAACUAUCUCGCUGAAGAACUUACCAAGCUACUAAUUCAAGGUUGUGCUUGUAAUUGUGGUUCUUUUGAAGGACUUGCAUCGGAAGAAGGAUGUUGUUCGCAUUCAAGAUACAAUCAAUCCUCUGAAAAGGUUCUGAACUUGAAACACUCUGAAGACUGCAAGUGUCAAGAGACAGGGCGUACAUGCACUAAAUGUCAUUGCCCUGACAGUAGAUUCAAGGAUGGUAACACUGAAAGUUGUAAGAUACCCGUUACUGAAAUUAAAAAAGGUGGAUGCUCAAAUUGUGAUUGUUCUCAAAUUAAUAUCAAUAACAACUACCAUUCAAAUUAUGACAAUAGAAAUGGCAAACACGUGGACUGUAACGGUUCACAAUGUGAAUGUGACACUAGGACCACUUCCAGAUGUAUUUGUUGCAGUAACCCCAAAACGAAAAAGUGCGGAUGCACCGGCUGUAAGUGCUUCGAUUGCAGAUGUGUUCACUGUUUCAAGGGCCAAUGUCACUGUUUUGAUUGUAAGUGCUCCGACUGCAAAUGCUCCGAUUGUAAGUGCUCCGACUGCGGAUGUGUUCACUGUUUCAACAGCCAAUCUCGCUGUUCUGACUGCAAAUGCUCCCACUGCAAGUGCUCCGAUUGUAAGUGUUCCGACUGCAAAUCUAGCCACUGCUCUAAUAACCAAUGUCACUGUCCUGACUGCAAGUAUACCCAUCACUAUAAUACUCAUUGCCGGUGUGUUGUUUGCAGAUGCAGUCAUUGCGAAUGUUCCAGUUGCAUUUGUAACGAAGAAAAACGUCCUAUUCCAAGAUUUAGACCUACUAACUGCAGAUGUUCAAACUUUAGUUGUACAAACUAUGAAUGA